AACAAUCGUCAGAUUGCAGGCUCUACUCGUGGUCCUCGUUUAGUGCUUGUGAACUGAUCAGAGUCCUUGUACUGAGGAGUGCCGAUAUCUCAAAAGGGAAAACUUCGAGCUGAGUUUCUGUCUCGGCUUCUUCUUCUUCUUCUUUGUGCCGGUCUCCGCCUGGAGCAUUGUUCUUCCUCGAUGCGAUUGCUGCCUGGGAAGAGAACCAAGUCAUGUUUCUAGUAUUCUCACGGAUCAUCAGAUGAGAUUCGAAGCAGUUUGAUGCAAAAUUUGAUCGUUCGGGCUUUCUGUCUUGAUAUUUAAAUCACUGCCUGGAUACCAGAAAGUGCAGGUUGCGUCGAGGGAGAGCGCUAAGAUGACAGCAGGAACCGAUGGAAAGAAACGGCCGAACAUUCUCAUGAUACCCGUGUGCUUCAUGGGGCACACACCUGCAUUCGUACACCUGAUUCAUCAGGUCAGCUUGAAGUAUGCCGGGGAAGCGACUGUCACGGUUCUCUCCUCCGUGGAGGUGACUUCCGAGGUGUCGGCGUUGCACAAGAAGGGGGUGUUCGGCAGCUUGGACAUGCGCUUCGUCACGAUGUUCACGCCGAUUACAGACUGUGUGACAGACGAUCCCAAACUUCCUCUUUAUCUCGAAGCUGUCUGCAACAAGUGGAGACGAGAGUUUGAACCGUACAGACAGAAUUAUCUCGAGCAGAGACGGAUGAACAUCGAAACAGAGCUCGGCUCCCCCACGUGCAUAAUUUCAGAUUGCUUCCUGCAUUUUGCCAAGGACUUUGCCGACGACUUGGGAGUGAUCUGGAUUCCUUUGUACACUCUUCCCAUGUGGCUUGGCCUCUCCUUCAUAUAUGCACCGAAAUUAUAUAUCCAACCGAGGCACUCGCCCCAACCCAUCGACCUUCCCGGGCUUGAAAUGUUUCGACACUCCGACCCUCCUUACGAGGUAUGGUGUGAGAAGGACUUCCUCUGGGAGCACAGGAAAUAUGUUGAACAAAGCGGAGGAAUCAUGGUAAACACCCCAGAAUAUAUUGAGACAGAAGUUGGAGCUAUAACAGAGUUCCGAGCCCACCUCCAACGUACCUCCACCUCUGGAAAGGUACCGGUGAUCUACACAAUGGGCCCGAGAAAUGAAAUUCCCGGGUUUGGUGUCGAGUACAGGUCGAAACUGUCGUCCUUCAGUGUCCAGGAUCAGGAGUGUUUGAGGUGGUUGGAUAAGCAGUCUGCCAAAUCUGUCCUGUACAUAGCGUUUGGAACCUUGGCAAACUUGAAGACAGACGAAGUUUCGGUCGUGGCUAGAGGACUCGAGGCCAGUGGAGCAAAAUAUCUCUGGAACCUGAAAAUACCAGCCGGUUCUUCUCUCGAGGCGUGCCUGCCUGCGGGAUUUCUUGAGCGAACUAGUGAUCACGGCUUUCUUCUGACAGGCUGGGCACCACAGGUCAAGAUUCUGCAGCACCCGUCCCUCGGUGGGUUCAUGACUCAUUGCGGAUGGAACUCUACCACUGAGAGUCUUUGCUCCGGCAUCCCCCUCAUUGCAGCCCCUGUUUUCGCUGAUCAAUGCCUCAACGCAAGGGUGGUCACAGAGAAGCUGAAUGUGGGCGUGGCACUUACACCGGGAUACAAGCAUGAUGGCUACGAAAUUUCCAGCACGGAGGUAGAAAAGGCCAUCAAAACUCUGAUGUUCGAUGAUAUAGGGCGCGAGAUCAGGAAGAACGCAGAGGAAGAGCAGAAGCGACUCUUGGCCACGAUGGCGCCGGGUGGAACCACUUACGAAAUGACGGAGGCCUUUCUGAAACUGAUCACCACUGUGUAAACCAUGUAGACAGAUUUAUUUGCACUGUACAUACAGUCCUCAAGGGCUCCAAAAAUGCAACAAUUAGGCCGAUUUCAGUACCUGGAUAACUGGUAGACCUACCUCACUUACAGCAGAGAGAUGUUUCCGGCUGAGAAGCUGUUCAGCUUCUCAGCUUCUCAGCUGCGUAGUUCUACAUUAGAAGUGGAGAUGUAAAGUUGUGACAAUCUCCAGCUGCUGCUUGUAGCGAGUAAUAAAUAUACAAGCACCCC